GUUUGGCUGUGUUCGAGUCCUGGGAAUCUGGACUCGAGAAUUAACCAAAGAAAGAAGAAAUUUUAUUAUUAUUAUUAUUAAUAUUGUGGUGAAAAGCGCUUCUCAUUCCUGCUUGAUGUGGUUGUCGACGUCAUUCGGUUUUGGGAGAAGGGUUUCAGGUGGUUUUUAGAAGGAAGCGUGGAAGCGAAGCCUCGUGUAUUUAAGGCAGGCUCUCCGCUCCGCUCUGUUCUGUGAGUGUUUGAAGAGGCUGCAGCGGGAAUCGCACUGUCUUCAGCAUGGGUGAACGGAAAGGGGUGAAUAAGUACUACCCUCCGGACUUUGACCCGGCCAAGCACGGCUCUCUCAAUGGAUACAGGAAGAGUCACCCCCUCAGAGAGAGGGCGCGCAAACUGUCCCAGGGCAUCCUCAUCAUCCGGUUCGAGAUGCCCUACAAUAUCUGGUGUGACGGCUGCAAGAAUCACAUCGGCAUGGGCGUCCGUUACAAUGCUGAGAAGAAGAAGGUGGGGAAUUAUUACACUACCCCAAUCUACAGGUUUCGGAUGAAGUGUCACCUGUGUGUGAACUACAUCGAGAUGCAGACAGACCCGGCGAGCUGCGACUACGUCAUCGUGAGCGGAGCGCGACGCAAAGAGGAGCGCUGGGACAUGAAGGACAACGAGCAGAUACUGACCACAGGUACAGCACUGACCCUCCGACUCGCACACACACAGAGAGGAACAACGAGCAGAGAGCACGGCUCUCAGGACCGGGGGAAGCUGCAGCGCGCCCUGCCCUCCCUGUCACACAUCCAGGAGAAGCAGGAGGCCUGGAGAGACGACUUCCAGCUAAACAGCGCACUGCGCAGGAGAUUCAGGGAUGAGAAGAAGCUGAUAAAGGAGGAGAGCGAGAGGGACGGGGCUCUGCUCAGUAAAGCCUGCCUGGCCAUCCCGCUGGUGAAAGAGACUGAGGAUGACAAGAGACUGGCCAGCCUGCUCACCCUGCAUAGCGCAGACUCGUACGAGGACAGGCAGCGGUUGAAGCGGAGAGAGAUCUCGGCGCGCUCCUGGUUUCCUUCCCCCGUCGCAAACAGAGCCUCGGACACCCUGAAGAGACUGGGCCUGACCCUGGGCUCCACCUCGGCUCCCUCCCUGGCCUCCCCCAGCUCCUCCACAGCGCUGCCUCUCAGCAAGGGACUGGGGAUCGUGCGCAGGAGAUCAGCGGGGAGCGAUCUCGCCGUCACACAGGAACCAAAGCCAUCCCUGGGGAUCGUGCGCAGGAGAUCAGCAGGGAGCGAUAUCGCCGCUGCACAGGAACCAGAGGCAUCUCUGGAGAUCGGAGAGAGCGACACACCUCGGGGGAUUGACAUCACUGACGCACCGGGGGGUGGGGGGAACCCUUUUAACAGCGCACAGGCACAGACCCCCAGCACAGAGCCCCAGGCUGAGGCCUGUUUUGGGGGCGAGGCUGAGCCCUGCGCCCCCCUCUCCUCUCUGGUGGCAGAUUACUUGGGCUCCAGUUCCGAGUCGGAGCCCUGAGAGAGGAGACUGUGGGGAGACUGAGGAGGGGGGGGGACAGGCUUAAAGAACAUAGUGAACUGGACUGUCUGCAUGCUGAAUCAACUGAGCAUCUGAGAGACUACAACAGCAGCAAAACAAUGUGUUAUUCCCGUCUGGGUUUGUAAAUCAGAGGAAUAAAUCACUGAAAGUGGA